AUGAAGAUAUCAAAGAGUGACAAGAAUCCUGAUAGAAGAGACUUUGGGUGCAUGUACUGGCUCGAUAAAGAUGAAGAUUGUGGCUACCUUGAAUGGUAUGAUGGUGAAGUAAGUCCAUUGUACAAGGAACUUCUGCUUGAAGUUAUGGCAAAGAAGAAAAAAAACAUUGGACAGGGAAAAAGGAACCCUUAUCAUGGUGAAAUAAGUUUGGUAUUUCUUGUUAGGGUUUGUGAUUGGUUUGCUUGUUAUUUUACUAGUCAUGGUAGGAAUUUUGAUGUUGAUGGUGUACAAGGCGUAAGUAGGAAGAAGUUGUGGUAA